GAACAACAAGAAUUAUUAGAAAGAAAAAAAGAGAGAGAGAGGCAACAUAAUUUGCGUGUAGUUCUCCAUAAAUGCAGCACGUGAGCGCUGCCAGUUCGGCACCUUCGGUGGUUUCAGCACCGGUGGUGACCACUGGCGGUGGCACCACCAUCACUUUGGGCGGACCGCCGCCAUUGCCCGGCAGCAAAUCAGAUCAUAAAGAGGACGGCGGCAAGCCGCCACACGGCAUUGAAAUGUAUAAAGUGAACAUUGAGGAUAUAUCACAGUUAUUUACGUAUCACGAGGUCUUUGGCAAAAUCCAUGGCGAUGUGGUGAAUCAUGUGGCGGCGGUGCAUGGCAGCCAGCUGCCACCGCCGCAGCUGCCACCGCCACCGCCACUACCGCCGCAGACAACGCAUUCGGCUAGCGCAGCUGCAGCAGCAGCGGCGGCGUCCACAAAUAAUGCAGCCGUCGCUGCUGUAAUGGCAUCCGCCAAUGCAGCAGCCGCGGCUGCAGCGGCCGCCUCAGCGGCGGCCACAGCCCAACAGCAACAGCAGCAACAGCAAGCCCCAGCGACAAGCACAAAUGCUGGAUCACAACAGGGCAGCGCCACGGUGACCACGACUAGCUCUGGCAGCAACGGGGGGAAUGGGGGCCAGAACAACAACAACAAUAACAACAACUCGACAACGACGACGACGGGUGAGUUGCUAAUGCCGAAAAUGGAGGGCGGCAUUCAUGGCGUCGAUGGGCAAUCGAGCGUUGCGUUGGCGCCGGAUGGCACGCCCAUAGCGACUGGUACGCAUGUGUGCGACAUUUGUGGCAAAAUGUUCCAGUUUCGCUAUCAGCUGAUUGUGCACCGUCGCUACCACAGCGAGCGCAAGCCGUUUAUGUGUCAGGUAUGCGGUCAGGGUUUUACCACAUCGCAGGAUUUGACCCGGCAUGGGAAGAUCCACAUUGGCGGUCCCAUGUUCACUUGCAUUGUGUGCUUCAAUGUGUUUGCCAAUAAUACAAGUCUGGAGCGCCAUAUGAAACGGCAUUCAACGGACAAGCCAUUCGCCUGCACCAUUUGCCAAAAGACUUUCGCACGCAAAGAGCAUCUGGACAAUCAUUUUCGUUCGCAUACGGGCGAAACACCGUUCCGUUGUCAGUACUGCGCCAAGACGUUUACGCGCAAGGAGCACAUGGUUAAUCAUGUGCGCAAACACACGGGUGAGACGCCACAUCGUUGCGAUAUUUGUAAGAAGUCCUUCACGCGCAAGGAACACUAUGUUAACCACUACAUGUGGCACACUGGUCAAACACCGCAUCAGUGCGAUGUCUGCGGCAAGAAAUACACGCGCAAGGAGCACCUAGCCAACCAUAUGCGCUCCCACACCAACGAGACGCCGUUUCGUUGCGAAAUCUGCGGCAAGAGCUUUAGUCGCAAGGAGCAUUUCACCAAUCACAUACUCUGGCAUACAGCAGGCGAGACGCCGCAUCGGUGCGACUUCUGCUCCAAGACGUUUACGCGCAAGGAGCAUUUGUUAAAUCACGUGCGCCAGCACACGGGAGAGUCGCCGCAUCGCUGCUCCUACUGCAUGAAGACGUUUACGCGCAAGGAGCAUCUGGUGAAUCAUAUACGCCAGCACACGGGUGAGACACCGUUCAAGUGCACGUACUGCACGAAAGCGUUCACACGCAAAGAUCACAUGGUUAAUCAUGUACGGCAACAUACAGGCGAAUCGCCGCACAAGUGCACAUACUGCACCAAGACGUUUACGCGCAAGGAGCACCUCACGAAUCAUGUGCGACAGCACACGGGCGAUUCGCCGCAUCGUUGCAGCUACUGCAAGAAGACCUUCACCCGCAAGGAGCAUUUGACGAAUCAUGUACGCCUGCACACUGGAGAUUCGCCGCACAAAUGCGAAUACUGCCAGAAGACGUUCACGCGCAAGGAGCAUCUCAAUAACCAUAUGCGCCAGCACUCGAGCGACAAUCCCCAUUGUUGCAAUGUGUGCAACAAGCCCUUCACACGCAAGGAGCAUUUGAUUAAUCAUAUGUCCCGUUGCCACACCGGCGAUCGUCCUUUCACCUGCGAGACGUGCGGUAAAUCGUUCCCCCUCAAGGGUAAUCUGCUGUUCCAUCAGCGCAGCCACACCAAGGGCCAGGAGUGCGAGCGUCCGUUUGCCUGCGAGAAGUGCCCCAAGAAUUUCAUAUGCAAAGGUCACUUGGUCUCGCACAUGCGCUCCCAUUCGGGCGAGAAACCGCACGCGUGCACACUGUGCAGCAAGGCUUUCGUCGAGCGCGGCAAUUUGAAGCGCCACAUGAAGAUGAAUCACCCGGAUGCUAUGAUGCCGCCACCACCCGUGCAUCCGCAUCCGCAAAUACCGGCUGGUGUGCUGACCCAAGUCAAGCAGGAAGUGAAACCGAUCAUAAUUCCCCAUCACUCGGCGACGACCACGAUGCACACCAUUCAGCAGAUAACAGCGGGCGCUGCAGCGGCUGGCGCCGGUGCCGUCCAGUUAACGCCUGGCCUGGUGCCGCUUGUCACCAGCACGCUCAUCUCCCACAAUGCCCAGCAGUCGCAGAAGCAGCAGCAGGCGGCCGCAGCAGUUGCCGCACAACAGCAGGCGGCAGCAGCAGCCGCUGCCCAGCAACAGGCGGCGGCGGCUCAACAACAAGCGGCAGCAGCAGCGCAUCAGCAACAUCAGCAACAGGUGGCCGCACAGCAGCAACAACAGCAACAGCAGGCGGCAGUCGCUGCACAUCAGCAGCAGCAACAGCAACUGCAGCAGCAACAGUUGCUGCAAUUGUCCAUACAGCAUGCGGCGCAUCAUCACCAGCAGCAUCAGCAGCAGCAGCAACAGCAGCAGCAACAUCAUCAACAGCAGCAACAACAACAACAACAGUCGCAUCCACAGGCGCCGCCACAGCAACAACAACAGCAACAGCCACCGCCACAGGUGCCAAUCGCAUUGAUAAGUGAUCCAAGCGCGCUGGCGCGUGCCGCGAUGCAACUGCAGCAUCUGCCCACAAAUGUGGAGCAACAUCCGGUGGUUUACUAACAGUAGCCCCUGCUGCCUGGCUACCCGACGACGGCGGCGGCGGCCACAACAGCCACAACACAGUGGUAAAAAAGAAAAGCACACAAAAUCCGGCGGCCAAUCGAAGCAACUGAAGGCAACAACAAUCCACAUCAACACAUAAGCAGCUAGUUAUACAUAUAAAACAUAUUCAUUUAUAUAUUUUAUAAAGCCGCGCGCUGGUUACGCCUUGAACCCGAUAAUGUGUCUCACCCCUUACCUAUUACCCAACUCUCCAGUCAGGCGCCUGCUUGCGCAACGUGCAAUACAAGAAAAAAAAACAUCUCAUAGUUUCCCUUCAUUGUUCUCUAACCGAUCUUUUUAGGCGCUUAGCGUCUAUAUAAUAUAUAUUUUUCACGUCUCUGUCACAUUUAUGAAAUGUACGCGUAACGACGGCGCUAGGGCUGGCUGUUAGCUGUGCUAUCGGCCAAGUUAGCGAGAGUUCAUCAAUGGGUUCAAAAAGUUGUAAUCAGUUUUUUUUUUUUAGUUCGGCGCCUGUAUUUUUAACAUUAUGUUUCAUUAAGUUAUGCAUAGGAAGUGAGAGAGAGAGACAUUCAUAUAUUCUUACACGGCAUCCUCAUACCAUACAACUAUCAUAAAUAUAUAUUUAUAUAUAUAUAUAUAUCAAUUAUACAUACUUUGUAUAUAAACUGCAGCAAAACUUUGAGAUAUUGUCGGAAAAUUUUGUAUUAUUUUGUGCAUUUUGUAAGACAAAGUAUGUAGCGAAACAGCUUAAACAGUUAUGCAUACAUUUACAUAUAAACUACACAAAUAUUAUGCUAAUAGCAGCGCCCAGUUAAUAUAUAUCAAACCACCCUCUUAACCUUCAGCCCCGUUAACGUUUAAGUCCGACAAAUUGUUGCCUAUGGAUGGAAAACUUUGUUAUAUAGGGCAAGGCGUAUUAGAGCAGUUAACUAACAAGUGAGUUGAAGAGGAAUAAUCGUAGGCUAAGUCAAGAACUAACGAGAGAUGAUAGAAACGCAAGAAGAAAAUUAUAUAUUAUUAUAUUUAAUGUUAGUUGAACUACUAAGAAGAAUUAAGAUUGAUUAUAAUGAGACAAAAGAGCGAAAGUGAAUUAGUUUUUAGUUAUAUCUACAAAAUGUGUGUGUAGAGUAGCGCACGCGCUAUAAUUCUAAUUACGAUUACGAUUACGAUAUGACAAGAAAACUAAGCGAUGAAGUUAUAACCUCCUCCCCCCCAACUACACACUAUUAAAGUUAACAACAACAAGAAUAAUAAUAAUAAAGCUAGGCACAACUCUACAAUUAAAUAUAACAAUUACUGUGCUUAUGUUGAAAACAGCAACAAAUUAUAGAAGAAGCAAGCCCCAAGCGCCACAAGCAACAACAUAUCUGCUUUAAAUUUUACACAAACAAAUAAGGAAAGAGAAAACGAAAAGAAAAAAAUAUAAUAAAUAAAUAAUAUUAUUAG